AUGAGCCCCAAAGUCCUUGUAACUGGAGUAACUGGCUACAUUGGGGGCGAUGCCUUCCAUGCUCUUUAUGAGGCCAAUCCGGACUUCGAUUACACCCUGGUUGUGCGCAACAAGGAGCGCGAGGAGCUGGUGCGCCGAAAGUAUCCCAACACAGACAUCAAGAUUGUCUAUCCAGGAGCUGCCAGCCCGGCCAUGUCUCUGGCUGACGUCUUGGAGGAGGAAGCCAGAAAGGCGGAUAUCGUCCUCCACACGGCUAAAUCUGCAGACGACGCUGUCCAAGCCAAAGCCAUCCUAAGGGGCCUGCAAGCCGCCGGCCGCUCACCUGAGCACCCGGCAUACUGGAUCCACGUCAGCGGGACUGGAAUUCUACAAUGGUACGACCAAACCCACAACCGCGUCGGGCAACUCCCCCUCCCCUCCGAAAAAUACGACGACAUAGCCGACAUCGACCGGAUCCUCACCCUCCUAGACUAA